CCGCUUCACCACAGUGGGACAGAUCAGAUAACAGUAGCUUCCCUUUUCCUUUUUGGAUUUUCUGGGUCCUGGAACACUUUUCUUCGUUCCUGAUUGGAUGCUGAAUGGCAGUGCCGAACGGAAAACCCCUCUUUGUAUCCGGAAAUCUCAAUCUUUUUCACGUGUAUGCAUUUCUACGUUGGUUUAUUUUUUCUUUAGUUUUAGUUGGCGAUUUUAUUGUUUGGACCUGAAUGUUGGUCCGACGAACAACUGUUUAUUGGGACGGAAAGGACAGAGUGAAGAGUAAGGUGGAAAUAAAAAGUCUGAUUAUUUUCAGAAUCUGGAAUUCCAACAGGAGUAUCUACAGCGUCCAUAUGAUGGCAAACGAGACGGUUAUUUUGAACGUUUAUGAUAUGUAUUGGAUAAAUGAGUUCACCACAUCGCUGGGAAUUGGCGUCUUUCACUCAGGAAUUGAAGUAUACGGCAGAGAAUUUGCCUAUGGUGGCCACCCCUAUCCUUUUCCAGGGAUUUUUGAAAUCACGCCAGGAGAAGCAACAGAGCUAGGAGAGGCAUUCAAAUUCAAAGAAGCCAUAGUUCUGGGAAGCACAGACUUCACAGAAGAGGAUGUUGUACGAAUUGUAGAAGAACUCGGGAAGGAAUACAAGGGAAAUGCCUACCACCUCAUGCACAAAAACUGCAAUCACUUCUCGUCAACACUGUCUGAGAUUCUGUGUGGGAGAGAGACCCCUCGCUGGGUGAACCGGCUGGCCUACUUCAGUUCCUGCAUUCCUUUCCUUCAGAGCUGCCUUCCUAAGGAGUGGCUCACACCGGCCGCACUGCAGUCCAGCGUCAGCCAGGAGCUACAGGGCGAGCUGGAAGAAGCAGAAGACGCUGCCGCCUCUGCCUCAUCACCUUCACCUUCCUCCUCUUCCACCACCACUAAUGCAAUACCCAGGCCGGGCCACCAUGCGAAGCGAUAAUCCCAGAGAAUAGCAACAGUGACUGAAAUGUAGAAUAUAACUGACUCUUACUCAAAAUUAAAUUUGUUGGUCUAUAUCAUUUUAGAGGGUACAGGUUGUAUGGGAAGGGAGAAAAUACAUUCCUUUUUAGUAGAAAGGGAAACAACAAAAACAGUUUUUUUUUUUUUUUUUAGUUCCAGUUACUUGCUCAGGACUGUAAACUUGUAGUCCAUUGAUAAUCAGUGUUCUGUCUUUAUUUAGUUGGGCGGGGGCAGAGUUUCAUCGCCUGUUGAGAUUAUGUAUACUGUGUGUUUUUUUUUUUUUUUUUUUUUUUUAUUGUGCUGGCGACACUCCUCCCUCCCCUUGUUGCUCAAAUUUCUGGGUCUAGGAUGAAGCAAUAUGUUUGUUGUGAUACCAAACAAAAUGUGAAAGCAGAGAUGGAUAUAGACAUAGGUUUUAAAUGAAGAAUAAUGUCCAGACCAUCAACUCCUGCCACUGGGUCCUCCCAAAACAAAAAGCAAGUGAAUAACACAGCAGUGUCCCUAAGCCUCCUUUUUUGCUCCAUCAUUUUAAAACUUUUUAAGCUUCAUUUGCAAUAAUUCUGGGAAGUUUCAGUCUUUUUAAAAAAAAAUUCCAGGUGUUUUUUUAGUUACAUCAGUUGCACCAGUCUAAUGGACAAUACAAUGCUUAAACAUUUUGAAUACUCAUGUCAUUUUUUAUCUGGCAUACUUGCCUGUUCUAGAAUUCAUACAAUAUUCUUCACAUUUGAAUGUCACCUAAUGUAAAUGCAGGAAAAUUUCUGAUAGUAUGAUGUGGGACUGUGAUUUUCAGUAUUAUUAAUCUUACUGACAUUUAAAGUAAACGUCCUAUUUCCAAUUUAUCAUUUCUUUUUCUGUAUGCCAAUCUACAGCUCAAUAUGCAGUUAGUGGUGGGGGGAAGAAAACCCAAGGCUGCUGCAAAUAUGUUCAAAAGAGAGGCUUUAGCUGUUUGGCUGCCUUUGGGAAAUAGCUUUAUAUUGUUGUUUUCACCAAGUGUAUUCAUACAUUAUCUUAUUUGCUAGAUGAUAACAGCUUGGGCAUUUGUGUUUUUUAGCCCCAUACCAUCUCUGCUUCCAGAUUACCUAGCUAGAGCCCCUAUAGCAUAGUUUGGCCACAAACAGGAUGCAGUCUUGACCUGACUGGCAGUUGGGGGAGGGGGAUUAACAAUGUUAAUACUGAAUAGAAAUCGUGUUUCUUGUGUUCACACGAGUUUUCAUUGUCAGCUCAACAAAAGCACUGCGUGGGUAUGUUGGAACCUGCAGCAAUUUUUCCAACCUAAUUAAGCCGUUUAAUUCAAUAAUAAAAUCCCAGCAAGCUUUGUGCUUGAGGUAUGUUGAGAACAAUCUCAUAAAAGGGGUGCAGUAGUAGACCUAGAAUUUGGCCUGACAGCUGCUGUGGCCUAGUACUCUGUUCAGUUAUUGUACACAAGUAUUUUUUUAUUUUAUUUAUUUUUUUCUGUAUUGUCUUGCUAUUAUUGUUUAGUUAUUUUUAUGUUAGACAAUAGACAUUUUCACAGUCUGAAAUGUUCAAAUGUGGGUUACACAAUGUGAUCUGAAAUGUGUUAAUAUUUGAAUUCAGAUUCUUAAUAGACUAUGCAUACCUCCCGAGUUCUGGUUACCAGAUACCUCUUUCACUUUAGUGGAUAAUGUCAUUCUUCGAUAUAUAAGUGUACACUGUGGGCAUAGGUCAUGGUGUUGUGUUGUGUUUUUUUUUUUUUUGCUUUUUUUCUUCAUGAUUCUUUAUUUACUGUCCAGUGGGGAGGGAAUGCGCAUGUUACUGACUUUAUUUGAAAACACUCUGGUAGUUGAACAGGAAGGUGAUUUGUAUAGUUAAGUAUGUCUGUUUUUUUAAUAUGGAGGCACUGGGCAUGACAACACAUGACUGAUGGCGAAAACAUUUCCCAUGAACUUGUCUGUAGAACUUCUACGAGUGGGCCAGACUGUAUUCAGAGUUUCAACAAAAAGCGAUUUGAUAUGGCAGCUAACUUUCAGAGGGAAUUCUUGUUGAGCUCAGAUAACCUGGAGAACCCACACAAGUCAGGAAUCAGGAGGAGGCAGUGGUUGUGAGACUGCAGCUUCUCAAAACCUGUUUCUCCCAGCAGGUAUCUCCUCAAAUUUAAAAAAAAGAGUACCUCAGUGACAAAAGACGCAGCAUGAGCAUAGUGAUGGCAUUAAUGAGCCUUGACUGGACAUGGUCUGGUACCACCAUUGCUAACCUGCAUCUAUCUCUGUCAAUUGUGGGAGUGGUGCUUAUUUCAAACUGAGCAGAGGUCUGCAGUGGACCCUUGUUUUAGUUGUGGUACUAAAUAUAUUUUUCUGGUUUUUUUAAACCUGAUAUUUCAAAAAGAGACUAACUUACUUAGCAAUAUAAGAAAUGGCUUUUACCAACAAACUUGUCAAGACAGUGCUCACAUGGUGGGAACUGAAACAACCAAUUGCUGCUGUGGGUGUCUGACACUUAAUGUGGCUAACCAGCUGUAUUCAAGUUUGAUAAGAUUUUGACUCCCACGCCCUUGCUUUUUACAAUCAGCAUUCACAUAUCCGACCCAAUACAAUUUUGACUUGAGAGACGGUUAAACGAGUGAUCUGAUUAUUUCAUUUUGUCCUGUUCCAACCCUUCUCCGUUAGCUGAAAGGACUGUGUUUCAAAGUGUAGAGUACAUUCUUUUAAAUCUGGUACAUAUUAAUUUGUAGCAGUUUGUAAAAUUCCACGUUACGACCCAAUAGCAAAAUUAAAUCAAAAUGUUACCCAUGCACAGAUUUGCAUAUAUCGUAAGUCAAUGCAGUUAAUGAAAAGAUUUAGAAAAAAAAAACACACAUUAUCCAGACUUGAAACGGUAUUCAAAAUUGCAUGUGCUGCUCAAUAAGGCUCUAAUUUGACACUUGUAAAUGAAAAUGCAUGAAAGCAAGAUCACAGAUUAUAAACAUUUUUAAUACGUUGGAGUAUCUAAUACUGUUUAAUGAUUGACUGUUUCACAUUGCCAUUCUGGAAUCGCUCUUCCCGUUUGCUUAUUUGUUGCUGCAUUUUCGUCAGGUAAAACUCGCUGAAGCUCUGUGUAACCAGCGGAGUAUCUCUACAGCCCUGGAGCAUGGAGCUGACACACUGUCCUGAUACACAACCAUGUGCGUGAACUGAUUUGCGCAUGCGAAAAAGAAAAAAAGUGGGCUGUGACGGAUAAUCAAAUACAUUUUAACAUUGAAGAGAUGGGCUUUAUAUCAGAAA